CGGUGGAGUGUUGCUUGGAUCUGCCAUUACAGCCUUUGCUUUUAUUUGUCUUUGGAAAAGAGCAAAGAAAGAACAAACGAAAGACAACUUUCCCAAGAGUUGUACAUGUAACCAAAACCCAGCGUACGAGAGUGGGGACUUUGAUCAAUUGAAUAGAAGAAACAAAAUGCCAAAAACUACAAAGGUAUCACAUGUGAAUCCCAUCCAAAGAGAGCAGAAUAUUUCUACAUCUCAAUCUACAGGAGAUUGUGUAUAUAACCACUUGAAUGAAACAGCUACAAUAGAUAGAGAUGACUUCUACGAUCAUGCGAGACCACCCUCCUCGACGUCAACACAUUGUGAGGGGUACGGGACCUUGGUGUUUAACAAUGAGGAAAAAGAUGUCUACGUGGAGGGAGAUGAUAACAAGGGAGCAGGGUCUAAUGUUGGAAAAGGAAAUGAAAACGAACACACUGUCCAUAAUUACUUUGUACUUGAAAAAGAAACAAGAUAA